UUUCCUGCAGGCUGGGAAAAGAUCUACGUGAUUGAACUAGCACCGAACCAAGCCACUUGCGUUCACGAUUUCUUCCCGUUGACAACGACAUGGAGGCAGCAUCUCUUCUCAAUAGCAACACCCACCUCGAGACGCUUACGAACUACUCCCACCCCGGCCUAGCAGAGCAGCCUGCACGCAAACCGCGAGGCCGGCCGCGUGGGCAAAAAAACCCGGCGAACCACCGCGCGGGGCGUCCAAAAGGAGGCAAGAACAAGCCAGGGCAUCGAGCGGGCAGGCCCUCUUCUUCCAAAAUCGAGCCAAACCUUCUAGGAAGCGUGCACGGCUCUGCUGGUAUGGGUAUUGGAGACGGUCAUAGCCAGACCCCUGGCACAAUGUUGCACCCCCACCAAACGAACAUUGCAAUGGGGUUACCUUCAGUGAGCCUUGCGCUACCACCAUGGCCGCCAGUUAUGCCAUACCCAAGCUGGCAGACAUACCAGCCACUGAACAUCAGAGUGGAUAUCGGCGCUCUGCCACAACAGCAGCUACAUCAAUCGCCAUUUCAACAACCACCGCCACAACAGCAACACCACCAGGAUGAGCCGAUGCCACAGCAGCAGCAGCAGCAGCAGCACCAUUCACCACAGCACAAUGUAUCGCAGCAAACUCCACAGCAGCACCAGCAUCCACCACCACAGCAUGUCCAGCAGCAUGUUCAACAGCAUGUCCAACACCAUGUCCAACAGCAUACCCAACAGCCUGUCCAGCAGCAUGCCCAACAGCAUGCCCAACAACAGUACUCCCAACCGCAGUCUACUCCGCAAAUACAGGCUCCACAAAGACCGGCUUCCACUCACCAGCAUCCCUCCAUCAUGCUCAGCCAACCCGUACAACCACUACCACGGUUACAAUCAGAAGUACCACAGGAACACGGAUCACAACAGCAACAGCAACACAAUGAUAUUCGCGAUUCACCUGCCGUGAUUCCGAAUAGAUUGCGCAAUUUGGGCCACCAACAAACUCCAAACCAGUUCCAACACCAACAAACGCCAAAACAAUUGGAAGAAAGUCCAGACCAGUUACAACAAACGCCGGUCCAGAGGCAGUCGUCAAGUCAGAAGAGCGAGCGGACAGAUGAGAAGUCCAAGCGGAAGGGGAGGACGUGCGCUAUUUGUGGGAGCGCAGAGUGCAAAGGGCGUGGGAACCGAGCCCUAUGCACAGGCAAACCACUAACUGGCGAGGGCAGCAUUAAGCCGGACCCGACCGCAUCGUCCGAGGCGGGGGAAGCAGAUAGUUCCGGCUUACACGACCAAAGCCCAUCGGAACAUGGCACGAUCGAUGAAAAGCGAAAGCGGAAAGGAAGAACCUGUGCUGUCUGUGGGAGUGGAACUUGCAAAGGCCGUGGAAAGCGCGCCUUGUGUGAAGGAUUGCAAGACGGUCAAGUGCAAAAGAAACGCAAAAAACGGACUUGCCACGUUUGCCAUCAGCAGGGCUGCAAAGGGACUGGGAACAGGAAGCUUUGUCCGCGCUAUGUCGAUGACGUUACAAGAUCGUGGCAGCAUGCCAGCGUGCGGAUGGGACCUGCUCCCGAGGCGCGGACAGCACCUGCUCUCAACCCUUUCCGGAACUAUGGUUCAAGCGCCGUAAAUGGAAUCAGCGAGGCGGCCCGUCAUAACGACCAUAACAUCAGCUCAAUAAUAGAUCCAACGACAGACGUCGGUCAAUCGCGAAUGGCCAUAAUGACGCAUUCAUCAUUGUCGAAUCCGCCUGAUCGGGGGCGCAUACCACAUCUCAGCAACCUUGUUCCGCCAUUGAACAUCAGCCCGAAUGACUGGCGACCCCUGUCUGGGUUGAACUAUGCAUCGUUGAAUCAAGCUCUGGAUGACCGCGAUCGGUUGUUGGGCUCUGGAUUCUCGCCGUCUCCUUCGACCGGUGAUGACCGAAGACCAACGUUGAGUUUGAGCCAGCUAUUACAAAGCACGCCGACGCUUGAUGAUGACCGUGCACGGGCGGAAGGACUGCUGGGGCCAUUCAGCCAUCUGAGCAAUAGCAAUCAUCUCGAGCCGCGGGAUGCAGGCGCAGGGUUGGCCUUCCCGUCGGAUGGUCUGUACAGGUCGACGGGGCGAGAUGGAACUGCGAUGUACGCGUCGCGCCCAGCCAAUGUCAUACAGACCGACCCGCAGCCGAAUCCGCUCUUUGCCCCGUACCGAGGGUUCGUGCCACAGCAAACCGACCCACAUUUUAGGAUACUGUCGGAUCAGAGGGUGGGAGUGGUGGAUGGGCCGGGAGCGCGAGCGAGGAGAGCGUCGUCCGUUUGAGACGGAAUCGCGUGUACAUACAUUGGGGGCGUCCGUAGGCGCAUUAGAUGGGGCAUUGGUAAUAUAAGAAGGUCGUGCCGAACAUUUACGCUCGCUGACUGUGGGAGUAGAGCGUUUGCGGCGAUUUUCAGCACAGUGGGAAACCUUCGAACGCACGAACGCACGAACAUUCAUGCAUGCAUUACAAGCCAUCAUCGUUGAGUUGAUAAGCACCUCAUGUACUGUAUGG